AUGGGUCCGAAAGACAAACACUAUAUAAGCAGGGGUUGGAGGGAGAGAAAAAGCCCUCACUCACUCACUCACUCUCCAUCUCACACCUCAAGGUCUCUAAACAACAUGGCACAAACCAUCCCACUACCCCUGUCUGGCAUCGAGCAUGGAAAAAGAAUCCUCGCCUCGGUGGUUGAGACACGGGCACGAGAUGGACCAGAAAGUACUUGGGUGUCUGUGCCCAUUGACAACGAAGACUUGUCGCGCGGAUUCAAGGACAUCAGCUUCCAGCAGCUGAACAAUGCAGCUAAUCAUGCCGCUCGGUGGCUUGGUGAACACCUGCCAGGAACAUCGGAGCCGUUUCAAUGUUUCGCUUAUGCGGGACCUAAGGACUUUCGAUAUCCUAUUCUCGCUGUUGCGGCUGCUAAGAUCCAGAAAGUGAUGGUUCUUCCAUCUCCUUUGGUAACCGCUGAGGCGCAGCUACGGAUUCUCGAGAAUAAGAGGUGUACCGUGUAUUUGCGACCAUCGUCAAUGGCAAGCCAAGUGGAUGCAAUUCUACGCGAGGCACCACGUAUUCAGGCUGUUGAGGUUCCAGAGAUAGACGAGUUUAUGCGGGAAGACGAAGCUGUGCCUUACAGUUACGGCAAAACUUGGGAGGAAGGAAAGGACGAUCCCUGGCUUGUAUUUCACACAUCCGGCACGACAGGUCCGUACAUGCAUCAUAUCCAGAUCUUUCUCCACUGGAAUGCUUGCUGA